GAUGUGCCCAUUAAUUAUACAUGUAAUGGGCAGCUGCCCCUGAACUGUAGGCUUGGAACUGGGUCGGUGUUUGUUUUUUUCUAACCCCUAUAGAAGAAAAAAGGUGACUGAAAAUAAUGGCUGACCACGAGGAGGCAGAGUUGUCCGAAUCCCUUCAGAAGGAGGAGGAGUUUUCCAGUGAGCUAGAGGAGCCGAACUACAAAUCUAAAAGUCUGCCGAUAUUAAAUGAAGGUGCUCCCCAAGAGGAAACCUUACUGUCUAGCUCUGCGCGGAUGUCCAUAACGGCGGAAGAGAGCGCAGAGUUUAUCCAGCUCCCGACUAAGAAUGAGUCUUUUCAGACUGAGUCCCCUACGAGAACGAACUACAUGCCCAACCCUGGGAAGUCGGCACUCAACAGGCCGAGCUCCUACAUGGAGAACACAGAGAUUCGUAGGAGUAAAAACAUGGCUAGGAGGAAGGCGCCAGGGUUUUUUGCUUCCAAGGUGGCGCGGUUUCGUCUGCCUAGCAGGAAGUACCUGUCCGUUCUCAUACAAGACUCUCGCUGCUUCCUGUUCUGCAUGUGCUACCUGACGUUCAUCCAAUCGCUCAUGGUGUCGGGCUACCUGAGCAGCGUCAUCACCACCAUAGAGAAGAGGUACAGCCUGAGGAGCUCCGAAUCCGGCCUCCUGGUCAGCUGUUUCGACAUCGGGAGCCUCCUGGUGGUCGUCUUCAUCAGCUACUUUGGCGGGCGGGGUCAGAGGCCUCGCUGGUUGGCGGUGGGAGGGGUUUUCAUUGCCGUUGGUGCCGCCCUCUUCUCCUUACCUCACUUCAUCUCCCCGCCCUACCAAAUCCAGGAGGUCAACUCAUCCUCGGGCAACGAGGGCCUGUGCAUGAACAGCAACGCCAGCGGCAGGGACCGCGUCGACAUCACCUCCUGCCCCCGAGACCAGGAGGGCAACGAGCACAACCUGUACGUGGCGCUGUUCGUCAUCGCUCAGAUCCUGGUGGGCAUGGGAUCCACGCCCAUCUACACCCUGGGACCCACCUACCUGGACGACAACGUCAAGAAGGAGAACGCCUCACUGUAUUUAGGCCAGAACGAGUUGUGCAGCUUUAUUCUGGACUAA